AUGGGAGUGAGGAGGGAUGAGAAGGAGGAAGAAGCGAGGACAGAGAUGGGAGUGAGGAGGGAUGAGAGUGAGGAAGAAGGUAGGACGAGGACUGGAGAGAGAAUGGAUCAGAGGGAAGAAGGAAGGAGAGAGAUGGGAGUGAAGAGGGAAGAGAGGGAGGAAGAUUGGAGGAGAGAGAUGGCAGUGAGGAGGGAAGAGAAGACGGAAGAAGGGAGGACAGAGAUGGGAGUGAGGAGGGAAGCGAGGGAGGAAGAAGGGAGGAGAGAGAUGGGAGUGAGGAGGGAAGAGAGGGAGGAAGAUUGGUGGAGAGAGAUGGGAGUGAGGAGGGAAGAGAAGAAGGAAGAAGGGAGGACAGAGAUGGGAGUGAGGAGGGAUGAGAGGGAGGGAGAUGGGAGGACAGAGAUUUACAACAUCUCUUCACUGUCACCCACGCCCUACUCAACCCCUAUCCCUUUCAGUUUCCAGGCCAGGUCCCCUCUUCUGAUAUACCUUUCGCAACCCAUCACUUUCCCCUCCCUUUGUUCCUCAACAGGCAGCAAUAUGGGGAUUGUGCCUUGUCUCUGUCCCUCCUUCAUCCUCCCUCUCAUCCCUCCACUCCCAUCUCUCUCCUCUCUUCUUCCUCUCUCUCAUCCCUCCACUCCCAUCUCUGUCCUCCCCUUUUCCUCUCUCUCAUCCCUCCAAUCCCAUCUCUGUCCUCCCUUCCUCUCUCUCAUCCCUCCACUCCCAUCUCUGUCCUCCCUUCUUCCUCUCUCUCAUCCCUCCACUCCCAUCUCUGUCCUCCCUUCUUCCUCUCUCUCAUCCCUCCACUCCCAUCUCUCUCCUCCCUUCUUCCUCUCUCUCAUCCCUCCACUCCCAUCUCUGUCCUCCCCGUUUCCUCUCUCUCAUCCCUCCACUCCCAUCUCUGUCCUCCCUUCUUCCUCUCUCUCAUCCCUCCACUCCCAUCUCUGUCCUCCCUUCUUCCUCUCUCUCAUCCCUCCACUCCCAUCUCUGUUCUCCCUUCUUCCUUUCUCUCAUCCCUCCACUCCCAUCUCUCUCCUCUCUUCUUCCUCUCUCUCAUCCCUCCACUCCCAUCUCUGUCCUCCCCUUUUCCUCUCUCUCAUCCCUCCACUCCCAUCUCUGUCCUCCCUUCUUCCUCUCUCUCAUCCCUCCACACCCAUCUCUGUCCUCCCUUCUUCCUCUCUCUCAUCCCUCCACUCCCAUCUCUGUCCUCCCUUCUUCCUCUCUCUCAUCCCUCCACUCCCAUCUCUCUCCUCCCUUCUUCCUCUCUCUCAUCCCUCCACUCCCAUCUCUGUCCUCCCCUUUUCCUCUCUCUCAUCCCUCCAAUCCCAUCUCUGUCCUCCCUUCUUCCUCUCUCUCAUCCCUCCACUCCCAUCUCUGUCCUCCCCUUUUCCUCUCUCUCAUCCCUCCAAUCCCAUCUCUGUCCUCCCUUCUUCCUCUCUCUCAUCCCUCCACUCCCAUCUCUGUCCUCCCUUCUUCCUCUCUCUCAUCCCUCCACUCCCAUCUCUUUCCUCCCCUUUCCCUCUCUCUCAUCCCUCCAAUCCCAUCUCUGUCCUCCCUUCUUCCUCUCUCUCAUCCCUCCACUCCCAUCUCUGUCCUCCCUUCUUCCUCUCUCUCAUCCCUCCACUCCCAUCUCUGUCCUCCCCUUUUCCUCUCUCUCAUCCCUCCAAUCCCAUCUCUGUCCUCCCUUCUUCCUCUCUCUCAUCCCUCCACUCCCAUCUCUGUCCUCCCUUCUUCCUCUCUCUCAUCCCUCCACUCCCAUCUCUGUCCUCUCUGUCCUCGCACCCAUCCCUGCCCUGCCUUUGUCCUCCCUCUCAACCCUUCUCACUCCCAUCUCUCUCCUCCCUUUCUCCUCCCUCUCGUCUCUUGUCAGAUUGA